AGAUUAGACCAAAUACCAAAUCGACAAAACAAAAGACUUUGCCUCAUACAGUGAUGAAAUUAAAUUAGAGAGAGAGAGAGAGAGAGAAAAAGGAAGACAAAUUGAGGAUCAAAAACAGCCCUUCUUCGAUUUUUUCAAGUACCCUUUCUCUCUCUUUUUCUGCUCUCUUCGUACUGACCCCAAAAACGGGGUUUUUUGACCUUUCUAGUUUCUAGUCUUGUAUUUUCUUCGAUUUAUAUAUUGCAUAUUUUUAUUCGUUUUCUAAUUGUAGUUUUAAGUUAUUCUUUGCCUCUUCUAAGGGGAACUUGAACUUCAUUGCAAAAGUGGUAAUGAAAUCACGCGGUUUUGUGGGUUUUGAUUAGACUUUUGUAUUGACCCAGAGUUUAAUGGGUUGAGACUUGACAACUGACAAAAUGAGGGGUGGUUAUAUUGAAGAGGAAGAGGAUCUAUUCUUUGAUACCCAUGAAGAGAUCUCUGCUGUGUCUGAUCGUGUUUCAGAUUGUUGUGAGGGCUGUAGUUCUUCUGGCGUUGAACUGGUCAAUAGUGUGACAGGUUAUUCACAAUAUGAAUUUUGGACUAAAUAUCCAGAAAGUGUUAAUGAGCGUCGCAGUAAGUUUUUAGAAUUAACGGGUUUGAGUUUAGAUCGACAUCUGAUCAAUGCGGAGGAUUCAGGGGAUGAAUCAUGUGAUGACAUUCAACUGGAUAAUCGAAUAACAGAAAAGAGUGGGGCAGUGUUGAGGACAUCUGCUUUUGAAGAUAAGAUUUACUUCAAUCAGUCUUCCAUUUCUUCAGAGGUAUUGGAAGCACCAGGAUCAUUAGAAAAUGGUGCUCCCGAUACUUUGGAGGAUGGAUUUGCAAGUGGAUUUAAGACUUCAGAUAACAGACUGAAGUUCAUUUUGGGCGACAAAAAUCAAGAUGAGAUGCUUGGUGGACUACAAGAAAUGGGUUCAAAUCGAUCUGUUAGUUUUGAUGAGUUCCAGAGAUCUUCUGGGUCAUCAUCUCCUUGGGUUCAGCGACUGCUGAGUAGAGUAAGUGAUGAGGCAAGGGAUUUGGCUGGUGGCGAAAGGAAAGUAAAGAUGGGAUGGUUACGAAAAUUAGGUGCUGUGGCAUGUCUAGUUGACAGACAUGAGACUGCUGCUUUGAGGCCUAGUGAUCAUGAACUCACAUUAGGGGCGAGGAUGCGAAGAGUUCGGGCACAUCCACUUAAAAAACGAUCAAAGGAACUAUCCUCCCUUUACACUGGACAAGAAUUUGUGGCACAUGAGGGGUCAAUUUUGACAAUGAAGUUCAGUCUGGAUGGGCAAUACUUGGCUAGUGGUGGUGAGGAUGGUACAGUGCGAGUGUGGCAGGUUAUUGAGGAUGAUAGAUCGGACAGAUUUGAUAUUCAAGACCUUGAUCCUUCGUGUCUAUACUUCACAAUCAAUCAGCUUUCCCAUAUAACUCCACUUGAUGUUGAUAAAGAGAAAGUAGAUAAGACAAAGAAUUUGAGAAGCUCAUCUGACUCGACUUGUGUUGUUUUACCACCAAAGGUCUUUCGGAUAUUGGAGAAGCCUUUGCAUGAGUUCCAGGGACACAGCAGUGAGGUUUUGGAUCUGUCGUGGUCUAAGAAAGGGUUUUUGCUGUCAUCCUCUGUUGAUAAGACAGUUCGUCUAUGGCAAGUAGGAUGUGACAGAUGUCUGAGAGUAUUUUCUCAUAACAAUUAUGUGACUUGUGUUGCUUUCAACCCUUUGGAUGAUAAUUAUUUCAUUAGUGGUUCAAUUGAUGGAAAAGUUCGCAUCUGGGAAGUGCUUCACUGUCGGGUUGUAGAUUACACUGACAUAAGGGAGAUUGUCUCUGCUGUGUGUUACCGACCUGAUGGAAAGGGAGGAAUUGUGGGCACAAUGAACGGCAACUGCCUUUUAUAUGAUAUUAUAGAUAACAAACUGGAUCAGCAUGCUCAAAUAUGCCUACAGGGCAAAAAGAAGUUACCGGGCAAUCGGAUAACUGGCUUUCAGUUUUCUCCUAGUGAUCCAAGCAAAGUAAUUGUCACCUCUGCUGAUUCACUAGUCCGAGUACUUUGUGGGCCAGAUGUCAUAAGCAAAUUCAAGGCAUCAGGUUAUCGGAUUGCUGGAAGCCAGAUGUCCGCAACAUUUACUUCAGAUGGGAAGCAUGUAGUUUCAGCCAGUGAAGAUUCCAAUGUGUACAUCUGGAACUAUCCGAACCAGGACAAAACUUCUUCCAAAGCAAAGACCAUUUGGUCUUGUGAGAGUUUCCUGUCCCACAAUGCAUCAAUUGCCAUACCCUGGUUUGGCAUUGAAAGCACGCCAGGAACACUUCCAUCCCCAUCAUUUGAGGGAGAUGUUCAGCAAAAUAGCAGCGAAAAUGAACAGAAGCAUGAAAAUCUCAACGGAGAAUCAGACCAAAAAAUAUCCCGCUCUCCAUCUGAUUGUUUCUCUCUGGCUCGUGGGUUCUUGUUGGAGUAUCCAAAUAGGGGUGGAGUUGCUACUUGGCCGGAGGAGAAACUUCCGAAUGCAAGUCCAAAGGCAGCUCCACCUCUAUGUAAAUCAAAAUUGAAGCUGUUGAAGAGUGCUUGCCAGAGCCUAUUAAGUUCCCCUCACUUGUGGGGUCUUGUAGUUGUUACAGCAAGCUGGGAUGGACGGAUUAGAACCUACCUCAAUUAUGGUCUACCCAUUCGUCUCUAAGCUCUCUGUUUUUGUUGCUGGGCAUUUUCCCGACAAUUUUGCACUGUUGCUUAUCUGUGCAUGGUGCAGUUGGAUAUAGAAUUGAAUAGAAUAGACAGAUGAAAAGAACUUAUGAAAUUGUACUAUUACACUCAACACGUAGAAGUUGAUUGUUAUAAUCAUUCUUUCAUUUGUUUCAUGUCUGUCUGCGCUUUACUUUGUUCAUAUAACAGAAGAAACUGAAGGAGUGGACAAUUUGAAUUAUUAACUGUUAUAU